GCGGGGCUGAUGCAGGGCGAGGAGAGGGCUGGCUCCCGGCUGGACGGGCUGUUCCUGCGGCGGUUCCUGCGGCUCCUGGCUGUGCUCUUUCCUGGGUGGCCCUCCCCGAGCACCCUCAUGUUCCUGACGCUGCUCGGUGUCGCCUUGCUGGAGCAGCUAGUUAUUUACCAGGUCGGUGUCAUCCCCAGCCACUACUAUGAGGUCCUAGGGAACAAGGACUUCUCCAGAUUCAAAACAUUGACUGCCGUUGCCGUGACUCUGAUCAUUGUGAACUCCACGCUAAAAAGUUUCGACAAGUUUAUCUGCAACAUGAUGUAUGUGAACUGGAGGAAAUCCCUCACUGAAUAUCUCCACAGCUGCUACUUCCAAGGCCAGGUCUACUACAGCCUGCACGUGCUGCAUGAGGACAUCGAUAACCCGGACCAGCGCAUCAGCCAGGAUGUGGAGAGGUUCUGCAGGCAGCUCAGCUCCAUGGCCAGCAAGCUCGUCAUCUCACCCUUCACACUGGCCUACUACACAUACCAGUGCUUUCACAGCACAGGCUGGCUAGGCCCGGUGAGCAUCUUUGGGUAUUUCAUCAUUGGGACAAUGAUUAACAAGGUGCUGAUGAGCCCAAUUGUGUCUAAACUUGUGCAGCAGGAAAAACUGGAGGGAGAUUUCAGGUUCAAGCACAUGCAGAUUCGUGUCAAUGCAGAACCAGCUGCUUUCUACAGGGCUGGGCGAGUGGAGCACAUGCGCACAGACCAGAGGCUGCAGAGCCUGCUGAAGACCCAGAGGGAGCUGAUAGGCAAGGAGCUGUGGCUAUACAUUGGGAUCAACACCUUUGAUUAUCUGGGCAGCAUCCUCAGCUACGUGGUCAUUGCCAUUCCCAUCUUUUCUGGGGUCUACGGUGACCUGAGUCCAACAGAGCUCAGUGCCCUUGUCAGCAAGAAUGCCUUUGUUUCCAUCUACCUCAUUGGCUGCUUCAGCCAGCUCAUAGAUCUCUCCAGCACUGUGACUGAUGUAGCUGGCUACACACACAGGAUUGGUGAACUGCAGGAGACCUUGCUGAGCCUUGGCAGAAAAAAAAAUGGUAACUACUCAGAAGCCAAAACCCGCUGGGAUUUGGAUGGCAGCCAUUCUGGGGAGGACCCAGUGCCAAGGGACACAGCUUUCCUUCUGGAGCGAGUGACACUCUCAGUACCAUCCUCUGGCAAGCUGCUUAUCAAGGACUUGAGCCUCAGGAUCUCACAAGGAAACAGUGUGAUGAUUGUGGGAAAUACUGGUACAGGGAAGACCUCUCUCCUGAGGGUCCUUGGAGGACUCUGGGAGAGCACACGGGGGAGCAUCAGGAUGCUGACCUGCUUUGGCCCCCGAGGAGUGGUGUUCCUACCACAGCGGCCCUUCUUCACUGAUGGAAGCCUGCGUGAGCAGGUGAUCUAUCCCUUGAAGGAAAUCUAUCCACCUUCAGGGUCUGCAGAUGAUGAGAGGAUUAUGCGAUUCCUGGAGCUGGCUGGGCUGACUGAUUUGCUGGCAAGGGCUGGAGGACUGGAUGAACAGGUGGACUGGAACUGGUAUGACAUCCUAUCCCCAGGGGAGAUGCAGAGGCUCUCAUUUGCACGGCUCUUCUACCUCCAGCCAAAAUACGCAGUGUUAGAUGAAGCCACCAGUGCCUUGACAGAAGAUGUGGAACAUGAACUGUACCGUAUGUGCCUUCAGCUGGGCAUGACACUGAUCAGCGUGGGACACAGACCCAGCCUGGAAAAGUUCCACAACUGGAUUUUGAAACUUCAUGGGGAGGGAAGAUGGGAGCUCACUCGAUGUGAGAAGAUGAAGCGGCUCCCCUCUGGGGAAGGACACUGAAAAACAUGCCCUU